CCGCCGUACCUCCUCUGCAAGGCGAGGCCGGUGCAUUGUGGGAGGAAGACGCUUCAUUUUGCAGAUAGUGUUGGGCGGGAGAAGCAGACUCCUCCAUUGUCUCCUCUAGCAGUGCUGUUGUGCCCACCCUGGUACUCCAAUAAAGGAGGGUCUCGGGGCAGGGUGUUGUGAGGUCCAAACCCCGAUGAGGCCCGGUCAAGCGCUUCGGAUUUGACUGGGAAUCUGAAAAUGUCAGCGGGAGCUCAAGUCGUAAACCCCGAUUCCCCGGGGCCCUCGAAGCCCAUCUGCCUGGCCCUGGGAGUGGUCUCCUUCCUCUGCUUUGUGGCCGGCUUCAGCACCGGGGCAGAGUUUGUGCGCUUCCUGUCCUUCGGGGCCAUCUUCAGGAACAUCAGUGGAGGACUGGAUGCAUACCCCAUUCCGUGGGGCGAGGCCGUUGGAGAUGCCGCCUUCCUGCGUUCCCUCGGGAUUAACGUUGCGCUGCUGGUUUUGUUCGUCCUCCAGCACAGCCUCAUGGCCUGGCCAGUGGUGAAGGACAUUGUGGUGAAGAUGUUUGGGGUGCUGCAGAGAUCGGUCUACAUCCUGUGCACCGCCCUGUCCCUCCAGAUCAUGAUGCGCUACUGGCAGUCCUUCCCCCGAGGACCCUAUCUCUGGAACGUCUCCACUGCCCCCUGGAGCGCCUGGCUCCCCCUGCUGUGUGCGCUCCUCCAUACCAUAUCGUGGCUCCUCAUAUUCAGCGUCCUGCUGAUCUUCGACUACGCCGAACUGAUGGGGGUCAAGCAGGUCUAUUAUCACUGCCAGGGAUUGGGUGACCCCCUGUCUCAUAAGUCUCCCCGCGCGGCCCGGCUCUACGCCCACCUUAGGCACCCCAUCUACCUGGAGUUACUGGUCAUCCUCUGGGCGGUGCCCUCCCUUCCUCCUGAUCGUCUGCUCCUCUCCGCCAGCCUGACCCUUUACCUGACCCUGGUUCACCGCCUGGACGUGCAGGAUUACAGCUACCUCCGCUCCCAGCUGGAAAAGAAGUUUACGCUCUUCUCGCGAGAGGAAGCGAGCACCGAGCAUGGCGGACUGUGGAAAAAGGACUGAAGAGAGAGGGACUUGGGGCCGGCGGGUGGGUGGCAUGGAGGUAAAGGCUUUAGGCUUCUGUAGGCGAAGUGUAGGUAUGCAUAUGGCGGUUUUUGCUAAGUUUACAUUGCUAAGAUCUGAACAGUUUUUCUGGUCCCGUCCUUAAAGGGGCGCUUCACUUUUGCCAUUGGAGAUGCAGUUGGGUCAGUGUGGCCCCCAUCUCAUGCAGGCUGGUUAGCACAAGCGUAGGGGGUAGUAAGGAUUUAGGGGUUGUCCAUGCAUACUCUGCGUUGUCGUGCAUCGGGCGUGGUGAACCCCAAAUACAUGCUGGGUGGUACAGGUGCCAAAGCAACCGUUCAGCACCCAGCAGGUAUCGUGCACUGGUCUCUUGCUGGUUGUUGUUUAGCUGCCUGAUCGAGCAGUUGCAUCUGUUGCCCAGAUUGGGUGGGACAACCCCCCCCCCCCCCUUUUUUUUUUUUUAUUAUAAAUACUGCCCCUUCCCCCACCAUAGCUGCUGCCCACUGCUCUGUUCUGGCUCCACGAGUCCCUGACUAUCUUCACUGGACUUUGAGCCCCGCGGGUAAACUUUCAAUAUGGACUGGGUCACGUGCACCACUGCAGCCAAUGACUGGCCUCAGUGGAUCGGCAGUGACAUGCCGCUAAUCAUUGGCUGUGUUGGCGCACCUGACCCCGUCCAUGCAGGGCUGGAAGCACAGUGAAGACAUUCGGGGAUCCACGGAGCCAGAACAGAGCGGUGAGCAGCAGGUGAGUAUUCUUCCCGUCACCGCUCCGACGGGGAGGGGGUGGUAUCUAAAAAUGUCAGUCCUGGACCUCCCCUUUUACUUUUGAGAUUUCUAGCCGCCCAUCCAAAGUAUAACCGCCUGCUACCAGUGGAAGAUGAUGGACAGCGCGUUCUGGGAAGGAGAACGCCCACUUACAGCGGGAGCUAAAGCAGGAACGGCGCUCUCCGUGGAUUUCUAUCUACGACCAGAGACAGAUUAUAUAUUUUUAUAAUAUUUUUUUAUUACUAAUCAUGUUCGGCUGUGGGCAGCUGCCUGGCAUUGGUGUGUGUUUUUCUAACAUGCUGAAUGUUUUUUUAUCUGGACAUUGCUGUCCUUGCGCUGUGAGGUUUUAUUUCAUGGUUUUUUAGCUUCUUCCGCACAGUUCCAUCUUAAUAAAUACAUUUUUAGAAACUUUUA